CACUGGUUGGCGCUAGCUAGCUAGAUGAAUUACCCCUGUUCAAAUUUGCUAGCUAAUUCAAGUUUUCACCCCAAACUCCGCUGGUUUUCAGUAUACUAAACGCAGAACCCGUUGCCUAACAUUUACAGUAGUAACCGCCCGGGUGGAUAGAAAAACAUGGCAGAGGAUGGUCGAAGGGAACAUGAGGAUGAACGGAGUCCUGCAUUACAGCACCAGAUGUUUGUGGUUAUGGAGGACUUGUUAGAUAAACUAAAACUGUUGGACUAUGAGGAACAAGUCCUUGAAAAGCACAACAUGAAACCUCUAUCCAGGCAUUAUUUUGUAGCAAGUUCAUACACAGUGAGUAACCCUGGUGAACAAUUCUACAUGUUCAGUGUCAUAGCAGCGUGGCUCAGAACACUGUGUGGCCGGUCAUUUGAAACACCACAGGAAUAUGAUGACCCCAACGUGAUUGUGUCAAACAUCCUGACGGACCUUAGGGCACAGGGUGGGCUGGUUGACUUCCCUCCAUUUAAGCUGAAGUCUGGUUCUGGUGAACAUGUGUGUUAUGUCUUGGACCGCCUGGCAGAGGAAGCCCUUAGGUGUGGACAGUUUGUCUGGAAGAGGCCUCUUUAUCCAUCAGAGGAAUUGGAGGAGGAGUCUGUGAUAGAGGAUGAUGCUGAGCUCACAAUCAGCAAAAUGGAGGAGUUGACUCUGAGGAGUGGUCGACCGUCAGCUGUGAACAGAGAGGAGGCGGGUCAAACUGGCAGACUCGGGCGUGAGCAGAACUUUGCUGUCCUUGUCGGCAGACUUGGGCAUGAGCAGAACUCGGCUGUCACUGUCGGCGGACUCGGGCGUGAGCAGAAGUUGGCUGUCCGUGUCGGCGGACUCGGGCUUGAGCAGAACUUGGCCUGCCAUGUCGGCCGACUUGGACAUGAGCAGGGCUUGGUUGUCCCUACAGUUGGGACAGUAACUGGGCUUUACAGUGGAUCUGUGGAGCUGAGACCCCCUCCUGAACCUCAGGCUGGAGCUCUGGUGUUGGAGCCGCCAUGUGGACCUCUAACUGGAGCACGGCAGACGCUUGUGCUGACACCAGCUGCUCUGGAAGCACUCCUUAGAGCAGAAAAAUGCUUCCUGGAGACCCAGCUUCUUGCAGGUGGGACACUGGAAUUGAGUCUCUUUCCCGCAGUCCUCAGUCAUACAUCUCGGAGAAACCUUCCCUGCGUUGGACGGAACCUGAAGCGAAUCGGUGGAGACUGCCCUGUCAAUCCCCUCAUAAUAGAGGUUGAAUGGCAGGCUGCAGAAAUAUUCCUGGCAACUGAAAAGGAACUCCAGCGGGUAGCUCCCCAAUCCCACUGUCUCCGGCAGAAGUUCGACGGCGUACCGUUGAGGGAACUGCACAGACGAAAAAUGCGGCCAGUAAUCCGAGCGUUCCCCGAUGAGGCCAAGGAGCUGUAUCAGUGGGGCAGUGGAGGAGUGACUAAAAGAACCAGAACUAUGGCAGAGAUCAGUGAGGAGCUUGAGAAAAUCAAACAGGAAAUAGAUGAGAAGGGUAGCAGCAUGUCAGAUGGAGCUCCAGUAGUAAAGAUCCGGCAGAGUCUGACCAAGUUAAAGCAGGAGAUCCAGGAGAUGGAUGUGUGACAAAAUGACCAGAGACAUGCAUGCCACACACAUCACAGAGACUACUACACAAACCUACUCAUAGCCAUACACUAUACAGUUGCAAUCAUGACCUGUUUUCUAUGUCUUAUUUUAUUGAAUAAUGAUAACCAUUUCUGAAUAUUACUGGAAUCUUAUUUGUUGAACACAUAAAUCCCUACACAUUACUCGCGUGUGUCACGAUUCCUCCCUGAAGCAGCGUGCUCUAAGCGCGAAUGCG